UUUUUAGUUCAACUACAAAUCUUCAAUACAGAGGUUGUGCCAAAACGCAAUACUUGGGCCCACUGAUGAAAGAAAGCCUUAGUUCACAGCUCACAAGACUUCAGUAUCACUGUAAAGACUGACAGUGCCAUAUUGAUACAAUCAGCCAGGAGAGGGAGAAAGGUGAAUGAAACUGACUCGGGAGUGAUUAACAAAGCAGAGUUGCUAAGGCAUUGUGUGACUCUUGACAGAAACUAAUCAUCUCACUCACCAAUCAUCACUGGUACCACUAAUCAAAUCACAACUAACAGCUUAAAAGAAGGCCAAGACAGACAGUCGGGGUGCAUUUUGACUUCGAUGCUCCCAGAGUACAUGCUACGUGUAUUUUCUGUUGCUGCCAUAUUUUGCCAAUAAAGACAGUUUCUACGAAGACCAAGAUUUUCUCGUCCGGAACCUUAUUUUUUCUUACAUUGGCGAGCCAGCCCAACGCGAGCUGAAAAAAAAGAGGGGAGAUUCCUGACAUCAGCUUCCCAUACGAUCAAGCAGGAAGAUAGGAAAAGAACGAAGAUGCGAGGGAGUGUCCUAAUGUUGAUAUUGCCGAUGACAGUGGCGAUGCUCCAGGAAUGCCCAGAACAGCAACCCGCUCCCCAGUCAGGCAUAGUGACAAGACCAUAUCCUGGAAUCCUGAUCAACAACGUCCAGUGGGUCCAUGUACCAGUCCUGGUGAACCUGACAGCGUGGUCUCCAGAUGUUGAUGAGCUGUGCAAAGGAGAGAGUGUGGCUGACAUCUACAAGGACCUAUUGACAACGGCGUUUCUGAAGUACCAUGGUGCGGUGGCAACCAGGUCAUCAAUGGAAAAACAGGCAGAGGGGCCCCAAACUCCACAUUCAACGGGAACCCCAGUAGGGCGGAAAUUAUUGGGGUUCAUGGACAGUGCACUUAGCGCAACUGGAGCUGGGUUGGGAGUGUCUAACUGGAUGGACAGUCAACUUUUAAGGAAGAAUGAGGGAAAAUUGAAGGAAUUAAUUGGUUCACAAGUUCUCCAAACAGAUGCGUACUUGCAGGAAGGACUGAUGGAGGAGAAGACGACGGUAAACAACAUCCAUACCAUUGCAACUGCACUAUCAAUUAUCACUCAGAAGACCAGGAAAGCUUUUAACCGCAUGCAAAAAGAACUAUACUGUGCACAAUUUUCAUCCAUUAGGCAACAAGAGAUUUCACAUAUUCUACAAGAAGUGUUAGCAGGGAGAAUGCCAUCAACGCUUUUUACAGAGGAAGUAAUCAUGAAAUGGUUUGGCCUGAAAAAUUGUUUCAAAACAAAGGUGGACAACUUAAAGACCUUCCUGAACAAUGUGGGAAGAUGCAAAUUGCCCAUCCCUUACAGCUACCUUCUACAAAUGAGCAAAGUUUCUUCGCAUCCUCUUCCUGCAGGAUUUUACAGCCCUCUCGACUAUGGCCCCUUGAUGGAAGGAAUUCAUUUACCUUUCUCUCCCCAAGGGGGGAAACCUUCCAAAUCCACUGAAAGGAUCCCACCAAUGCAGAUCCUGAAAUGGUGGAACGAAACUGUUUUUAACAACAUACAUGAUAAAUCAUGGGCCUGUUCUGCGGGGAAUAGUCUUAAUCAGUUUGGGUGUCACAUGAGACAGAUGUAUGCAAUGACCUUGACAGUUUCCAUACCCAUUUUUCAGCCAGAACAAGUGUUUAAGAAAAUCGUUCAGGUAGAUAACAUAGGAGUGUUGCAGGACAAUGUUCUUAAAGAAAGGAAAGACCUACCCAGGCUUAUCGCGCAACUGAAAUCAGGGGAAUGGAGAGCUUUGAAUACUGGUUGUUGCGAUAAAACUACGUUUGGUUUCUUUUGUGAAUGCGAUGCUCUAGGAAAACAGCCACUUUGUGGAUUAGCCCAGACAGACCAGACAAUCUGCGAGAUACAUCUGACUCAUAUCCCAAAUAAUCUAACCAGAGUAGUUAUGAUCGGACAAAAGGCAUGCAUUACCACUACACACAGACACUUCUCCAUCAAUGUCAAUGACAGUUUGCAAUCCUGUCCAAUCAAUUCCACAUCAUUUUGUAUUACACCCCGCACAUCUUGGUCCAUAGGAAACUACCUCUUCCCAUAUGUUAAUACAUCACAGCAAACAAUUUAUGCCAAACCAGAGGAAGAACUAGGAUUUGUUGAAGACAUCCCUGAAUUUGAUUUUGCACUCCCUCAGCUGGACAAUUUACUUAUGUCCUUGAUGCAGAGAAAGGAUAGCCAUAUCAUUAAAGUGCAACAGGAGUUACAGGCAAAGGAUGAGGCAUUAAUCUAUCAAAUGCACGAUGGUGAUUUAGACAUUGCAUACUCAGGAUUUGGUUGGGAAAUUUCAUUCAAAAUAGCUGUCAGUAUCUGUUUCCUGCUCAUCCUAUGUCAGAGCAUAAUAAUGUAUUGUAUGUGUGCUAUCCUGAAACGACAGGUUACCAUUCACUCAAGUGGUAGUCUUAGACAAGCACCUUGGUUGGUUUAGGCAAUCUCUUGUCAGAUAUUUAUGUACAAAGACACCAUCAUCAUUUCAAUUACCAAAAAAAAA